GUUUAGUCCAUUCCAUUCUCAGUUGCGAAAGACAAUUCAAUUGACGAAGACGACCAUCAUUCCUUUAGCUACGAGACAUUCUUUCGCUGCAGUUAAGCAAUCUCGGUUUACAGGAGUUUCUUUGGUUUCGCGGUACCGCGUUUUUUUUUUAUCUUAAAGACUGUGUGUGCAAGUGAAUGGUGGACAAUGUUUAUUUUACUUUUUGGCAACUCAUUUCAAAAUAUAAAUAUUUGAUUGUUUGAUUUCUUUUUUUUUUGUUAAAUAUCAAAUUAUCCACCGUGGAAGGCUCUCUCUCUCUCUCAAUUUUAUUUACUUGGAUAAAGUGGUUGUGCGGGAAUAUUUUAGUGCGCGCUGCAUCUGCAGGGUGUUUCUUCUUAUUUUUAUUGGAAAAAAAUAAUAAAAAUUGCAAAGUUUUCUCUAUAUAAAUCUGCACUAGCAGAGAGGGAGAUGGCGAUUUGCAGAGACUGAAUUACCAGAGGUGCAUAACUCAGCUGAAUGAAAUGCCGGCCCUCAGACUCUUUGGCAGGAAAUGGUUGGCUGCCUCGGAUGACCUUGUCUUCCCUUCCCUCUUCGAGAUCUGCUUUCGUAUCGUAUGGCUGAUCUUGAUGGGCAUAGUAUGCGAAAACUACUGGCAACACACAUGGAACUGCCGAGAGGGUGGGCUGGGUGUCCGGAUCUAUUUGGGCGGCACACUCAUUCUUAUCACACUCAAUUUACUCCUCCUGAUUGGAUUGGUGAAUCGGAGUGCCCAGGGCAGCAUCACGGAGACCCAUUUGCGGCGCCUCGUGGGCCCACUACUCAUGUGCAAGAUUCUGCUGAUUAUUCCGGAAAUUGCUUUAAAUGUAUUUGGUACUAUUUGGGCAUUUUGCAACGUGAUCAAAUGCACGACGGGCCAGAAGUUCUCCAAGAGCGUCAUUGAAGCUAUCGUUCUCUUUAACUGGGUCCUCUUUGCCUUGAUCAUCUUUGGUAUGGCUAUCGUAUUUGAUCCACUCGGGUCGACAAAGUAUCGCCGUAGUCGAGAUUCAAAUGACAAUAACGGCCCCACAGAGUCAGCAUUCCACCGGAAGGUCUACAGUUUGUGGAUGCGACGUUUCCGGUGGGCCUUCUGCUGUCUGCGCAAAGAUGAAUUUGGUCACGAAGCAUUUGCCCAAGUUGCGAGUCUCCUUAGUGCUCUCUUUCGCGGUACUGACCUCGUACCAUCUGACUUCAUGGCGGGAUGCGUUCUCCUGCGUGUGCGUCAAAAGCGUGAAACGCGUGAAAUGCGUCGCAUUCGUAUGCUAAAUGACGAUGGACCGCGAUAUUCGACGGAUCUAGCGAGAAUUUUUGCAACAGCACCAUCUUGGAUGACAAUCAAGAAUGCACGACAUUUUAUGAGAUUUGCCCUUGCGAGCUAUGGCUGGCCCUUAGUUUGCUACAUGCACUGCUGCACAGGACCCUACAGACUUAUCAAAAAAUCUAUUUGCUGUGCUUGCUUCAGAUCAAAAUACAGUGUUGUUGUGGAUGAUAAUUGCUGUUUGUGCCACUUUGCCGGUGUUAAAUUCAUGACUCAUCUCAGAAAUGAGGAUGUUCUCUAUGCUUCAUUCAGGAAUCAUGUCUUCGAGUUACCAUUUUGUGUACUGGCUGAUCAUAACACUAAGAGCAUCGUCAUCACCAUUCGUGGAAGUUUCUCCUUCCGCGAUAUCUUUACGGAUCUCACGGCCAAUUGUGAGCGUUUUGAGGCACCAGGAAUGCCACCAGACUCAGCGGCACAUCGUGGCAUGGUUGCAGGCGUGGAGCAACUAAUGAAGCGCCUACGCGAGACAAAUAUCCUCGACAGAGCCUUCACAACGUACCCAGAAUACUCUCUUGUCCUCACAGGGCAUAGUUUAGGAGCUGGUGUGGCAAUCUUACUGGGUGCUAAGCUUCGCUCAAAGUACCCAGAUUUGCGGGUGUACGCUUUUGCAACUCCAGCAGGUCUCCUGAGUCGCGAAGCAGCGCGAUAUACGGAAACGUACGCCUUCACCGUGGGCGUUGGGGAUGAUUUUGUGAUGCGUCUCGGGGUGGAUUCAAUUGAGAAUCUCCGCACGAUGAUUAUUGAGACAAUAAGGGCGUGCAAAUUGCCCAAGUACCGCAUUAUGCUCAAUGGAUUUGGCUAUGCGUUCUUUGGGGUACCGUCGAGGGAUCUCGAGACGACAUUCCUCGAUGUAACGCAAAUUGAGUCGAGUGGAACAAGUGCUUCAGUUGAAGAUCCUCCUAUUUCCACAAUAAUGCCACCGACAGCAUCAAUGCUGUCGCGGGAAAUUGGUGUACGUCGUUUUGCUAAAACGCGACUCUACACAGGUGGAAGGAUCCUUCACAUUGUACGUAGAAAGAGGACAGAAUUGGAAAAAAAAAGUAAUUCUGGUGGACCUACAUAUGAGAUGCGUUGGGCCACACCAGAGGAUUUUACGGAGCUCAAAAUAAUGCCAAGAAUGUUCCUCGAUCACUUCCCAGAUUACAUUUACAGGACAAUGACGAAGAUUUUGGAGGAGCAAAAAGCAACAGCGGAGUCAAUAACGUCUAUUCAUGAGAUUUAGAUGCCCCCAUUCCAUACUCACACUAAUUCCGGAGAAUUAAGAAUAGAAAAAAAUUCUCCUUCACCAUUUCGUUUAUUUAUUUAAAAAGAAAUCCGCAUGGCUUAUUGCCACAUUAUUAUGUAGUUGUGAGAUCUGAACAUUCCAAAAUCCUUUUAAUGAGGAUUAAUGAGCGAUUUUUUUCAGUGAUAUUUGUGCGAAAGGAUGCACACACAUUGCAAAGUAUUCUAAGAAUUUUCCAUUUAAAAAAAACCGUGAGUUGUUCUUGCAAGAGAAAAAAAAACAAUGAGGAGAGAUAUUUAAAGGAAGAAAAUUAGAAAAAAUCUUUUCCUCAGCAACACGUCUCUUUGGUUGUGAUAGAAAAUGUAUUUAUAAAUAUUUUUGUAUACAAAAAAAGGUAAAAAGACAAAAAAAAACAUAUUUUAGAAUGUAAAAAUGUUUUUAAAUAUAAGACAUCCUCACUACCCCAGCCAAUUCUUCAACGAUAAAAGACCAUUUUUCUUAAAAUUUAUGUUCUCUGAAAUUUUUACUUAAGCACCCUCUACCCUCUAGAUUAUAUAAUGUUGAUGUAAUAAAAUAGAAUCUCAUUUUAUGGGAGAUGUUAAUGCAGAAAGGGACCUAUAAGAAACUGUGAGUGAAACGUACUUUUAUGAAAAAAAAGAAAAAUGUAUUUUGUGGUGAAUUUUAAAAGACAAACCCCGACAAUUUCAUGUUUUACUCUUUACUGUGUCAAUUUAAUGUAGGAAAUAUUAUAUACCUACAUAUAUUUUGGAUGAUUAUACCCACGUUUUCGAUGAAUAAAUGUUGUGUGGCUGUUAA